GAAAAAAGAGCAUGUCGUAGCAAUAUAAAUUUCGGAGAAUAUUUCAUUCUUACCAAAUUGGUACAAAAUUCUAUUUGAAUUCUUGAAAGGGAACGAAAUGAAUUAAAGGUUGGGUCGAUUGAAUAAAUGGAUCGAGCCCUAUGGUUCAAAUUCUGGGGAAAGAAAGAACAACGAGUUUAUCUUCAUAAUUUGAAUGAUUUCCCGAUCUAAUUAGACGUUAAAAUAAAUUAGUGACUGAUGUGGGAAAGGAUUCUACCACGAGUAGAUACUUUGUUUUUUAUAGUGAAUCCUAACUAUUCAAUUAUCCGUUCUCCAUAAGAGGAUGGAAAUGAAUGUGUAGAAGAAAUAGUAUAUUGAUAAACUACUUUAUUCCAAAAUCAAAAGAGCGAUUGGGUUGAAAAAAUAAAGGAUUUCUAACCAUCUUCUUUUUUUAUCUUAUAACAAAAUAAAAACCAAUUAGAUGGAAAAAAAAGAGAGAGUCCGCUGAUGAAUUUACCCAUCUCCGAAGUAUCUAUUAUUUCAUAAUAAAAUACUUUGUUUUGACUGUAUCGCACUAUGUAUCAUUUGAUAACCCAAGAAACCCUCUAUUUUUACUUUUGUUUUCGGUCUAAAUUGAAAUGGAAGAAUUCCAAGGACAUAUAGAACUAGAUAGGUCUUGGCAACAUAACUUUUUCUAUCCACUUAUUUUUCAGGAAUAUAUUUAUGCAUUUGCAUAUGAUCAUGGUUUAAAUAAAUCGAUUUUGUUGGAAAAUUCGGGUGACAAGAAAUACAGUUUACUAAUUGUAAAGCGUUUAAUUACUCGAAUGUCUCAACAGAAUCAUUUGAUUCUUUCUGCUAAUGAUUCGAACCAAAAUGAAAUUUUUGGGCAUAAGAACAAAAAAAAAUUGUAUUCGGAAAUGAUAACAGAAGGGUUUGCAGUUAUUGUGGAAAUUCCAUUUUCCCUACUAUUAAUAUCUUCCCUAGAGGGAAAAGAGAUAGUAAAAUCUCAUAAUUUGCGAUCAAUUCAUUCAAUAUUUCCUUUUUUAGAGGACAAAUUCUUACAUUUAAAUUAUGUGUUAGAUAUAUUAAUACCUUACCCUGCCCAUCUAGAAAUAUUGGUUCAAACUCUUCGCUACUGGUUGAAAGAUGCCUCUUCUUUGCAUUUCUUACGAUUCUUUCUUUAUGAGUAUCGUAAUUGGAAUAGUCUUAUUACUCAAAAGGAAUUCAUUUCCUUUUUGAAAAAAAGGAAUCAAAGAUUAUUCUUGUUCCUAUAUAAUUUCCAUGUAUGUGAAUACGAAUCCCUUUUUUUUUUCUCCGCAACCAAUCCUCUUAUUUACGAUCAACAUCUUUUGGAGCCCUUCUUGAACGAAUCCAUUUCUACGGAAAGAUAAAAUAUCUAGUAAAAGUUUUUACUAAUGAUUUGGGGGUUAUCCAAUGGUUUUUCAAAGAACCUUUCCCACAUUAUGUUAGGUAUCAAGGAAAAUCAAUUCUGGCUUCAAAAGGUACA